AUGUCUUCUACGAUUUUCUACAAAUUCCUUCACCAGAAGGAACAAUCCACAAUACACUUUGACGGCACAGGCAUCAAUGUCUUUGACUUGAAACAUGAAAUUAUCAUGCAGAACCAGCUAGGACAAGGGCAGGAUUUCAUGCUCCGGCUCUAUCAUCUGGAGCAGCCUGAUUUGGAGUACGAGAACGACCAAGAUGUGAUUCCAAGAUCGUCUUUUGUUUUGGCCAAGAGAUCUCCGUGCUCUGUAUUCAAUGGUCGUUCCCAGAGCGCGGCCAGAUACGUAACAGGCAAACCCAGAAUCACCAAAUUCAAAGCACAGAAUUCGCUAAAACCCGUCACGGCGAUAAAGCAAGAGGCUGCCGUGGACGAAUCGGUGAGUGAGGAAGAUAGAAUCAAGCAGAUGUUCGAGAACCAGUCCAAUGUCUGGGCCCAGGCGCAGGACGAACUAUCUACACACAAGCUCGUUCAUUAUAAGCCUGGAACUGAAGACCUACCCCCGCCCGGCUAUGUGUGUUACAGAUGUGGAGGCAAAGACCACUGGAUCAAAAACUGUCCAACAAACACCGACCCUAAUUUUGAAGGCAAGAAGAUUAAGAAAACGACAGGUAUUCCAAAGAGUUACAUGAAGACGAUUUCAAAAGAAACAGUGGAAUAUAGACUACAGAACCCAGAUAGUAAUGAGAGUGGGAUCCACACAAAUGAGAACGGUGAUUUGGUUGAUGCCAACGGAAACACAUAUAUGAUCACAGAGGACGGUGAUUAUGUCAUGACUUUUGCUGAUUCCAAGACAUGGGCACUGUUCCAAGAAAAACAGCAGAGCGCCGCCUUGAAGGCACAGAAAGAGUUCGAACAGGCAUUGGUCAAACAGGCAACCACAGAUGGAAAGUUGCAGUAUCUCAACCCGCUCAAUCCGGGACAAGUGCUCAAAGCUCCGAUUUACAUGACGCCUUGUUGCCAGAGCAUGGAUUCAUUGAAGAAAAUGAAAAACUUCAGCUACAACCAGGCUGAGUUGGAGCAAGCAUUGAUCGAAAACGAUUUCCACUGUCCAAACUGUGGUAAGGACGAUGUCUACAUCGACUCCUUGAUUCAUAAUGAGGAUUUGGAAAAGGAAAUCGAGCAGUAUGUCGAUUCGCUUGACUUAGAAGAUCCUCUGAAGGCUAAACGCCCGGCUCCAGAAUCUACAGACGAAGAUGGUUCUGCUGCUAAGAGACAGCAAACAAACCCUAUGAUGCCUAUGCCUCAGAUGCCUUUCGGUAUGAUGCCUAUGCCUAUGAUGGGAAUGCCUCCGAUGUUCAUGCCUCCAAUGCCUCCGACAGGCCCAUCCGGAGAGAAAAAAUAA